AUGCUUACAGGGCGAUACUACCUGAUGGUGGUCGGAGGCAAGGUAAAGAAACCAGGCAAGCGAGGUCGUAAACCAGCCAAAAUAGACUUGAAGGCAAAGCUUGAAAGAAGUCGUCAGAGUGCAAGAGAGUGCAGAGCCAGGAAGAAGCUGAGGUACCAGUACCUGGAAGAGCUGGUUUCAAGCAGAGAGCGAGCCAUCUGCGCUCUUAGAGAAGAGCUUGAAAUGUACAAGCAGUGGUGCAUGGCGAUGGACCAAGGGAAAAUCCCCUCUGAAAUAAAAGCCCUGCUAACUGGAGAGGAGCAGGGCAAAGCACAGCAGAACUCAAGCAAACUUGCCAAGGCUGGGAAGACAGACGCAAACAGCAGCAAUCCCUGGUGAAGAUUAAUCUACAUCAGUAAUGAAUCUAGUUCUUCCCGGCAUCCCAUGAAGAGAUGGAGAAGAUUUGGCAUCAUAGUUCCAUUUGCUAUGUUCCAAGAAAUUAUAAUCUCUAUAAUUAGCUAUAAAAUUACUCUUAAUAUAAGGACCAAAUGUCUGAGACUAGUCUGUAGAGGAAUCAGAGGGAAAGCUGAAAUAAGAACCCUAGUCCUUCUCAUUAUGCUUAAGAGUUACAGUGUGAGUGACAGAGGGUCGGAUGAUAUAGAAAUCCCUGUUGUAGGUAAGGAAGGCAAAAUGCCAGCUUGUGAGUUUCCUGCUGUUAGUGCCACUGAGCAUUAAUUUCUUUAAGUUAUGUCGAUAACUGAAUUUCUUGUAUGACUGUUGUAUGAUGUUGUGGAUUUGUAUUAGAAAACAAAGCUUCUAAUCCACAGUAAAGUCUGAGGUAUCCCAUACUAGAUAGCGAAGCAGUGGACUAAAAUUCAGCUAAUGCUAUAUUUAUGGAAUGUAUAGAUUUGUACAUGUAGAUAUAUAAGUAGAAUUUGUAAUGUCAGUUAUAGCCGUUGCCUUAAGCAAUUUCUGCAAAGGCUGUUGCUUGAUAUUAUUUAUACCAUUAUUUGUAUUUUCUUUAUCUUACCCACUUUAAAUUGUAACUAGAAAAUGCUGUCAUUGUUCUGCUAAUGAUUUUCAGCAACACUUCAU